AUGGAUUAUCACUAUAUUCUGGUUGGGAUUCUGGCUUGUCAUUUGGCGUUUAUGUUUGUUCUGUACAGUUUUGCAAUAAAGAAGAAAGCCACAGGUUCAGGUUCAAUUCAUUUAAAAAGUAAAGGGUGUGCAAAGAAAUCAGAAGAUGGAAUAUUCUCACAAAAGACAACAGGAAAUACAGACAUCAUCAUUGUGGGUGCUGGGGUUGCUGGUGCAGCCCUUGCUUAUACGCUUGGAAAGGAUGGACGGCAAGUGCAUGUUAUUGAGAGGGACUUGAGUGAACCUGAUAGGAUUGUGGGUGAAUUGCUACAACCUGGAGGCUACCUGAAGUUACUUGAGUUGGGUAUUGAGGAUUGUGUGGAUGAAAUUGAUUCUCAGAAAGUCUUUGGCUAUGCUCUUUAUAAGGAUGGAAAAAACACCAAGCUGUCUUAUCCCUUGGAAAAUUUUAGCUCUGAUGUUUCUGGGAGAAGCUUUCACAAUGGCCGUUUCAUACAGAGAAUGCGAGAAAAGGCUUCAUCACUUCCAAAUGUGAAAUUAGAACAAGGAACUGUCACAUCUCUACUUGAAGAAAACGGAACCAUCAAAGGGGUGUACUACAAAACCAAGAAUGGACAAGAGUUCACGGCAAAGGCUCCCCUUACCAUAGUUUGUGAUGGUUGUUUUUCCAACUUGAGGCGUUCUCUUUGCAAUCCUAAGGUUGAAGUACCCUCUCAUUUUGUUGGUCUGGUCUUGGAAAAUUGUAAUCUUCCAUAUGCAAACCAUGGACACGUUAUCUUGGGUGAUCCUUCACCCGUUUUGUUUUAUCCCAUCAGUAGCACUGAGAUUCGCUGUUUGGUUGAUGUGCCUGGCCAAAAAUUACCAUCCCUUGGUAAUGGUGAAAUGGCCCUUUAUUUGAAAACUGUGGUAGCUCCACAGGUUCCCCCAGAACUGUAUACUUCUUUUCUAGCAGCAGUUGAUAAAGGAAACAUAAGAACCAUGCCAAAUAGAAGCAUGCCUGCCUCACCUUAUCCUACGCCUGGGGCCCUUCUGAUGGGAGAUGCCUUCAAUAUGCGUCACCCUUUAACAGGAGGAGGAAUGACUGUGGCUUUGUCUGACAUUGUUGUGCUAAGGGAUCUACUCAAACCUCUGCAUGAUCUGCAUGAUGCUUCUGCUCUUUGCAAAUACCUUGAAUCAUUCUACACCUUACGCAAACCAGUGGCAUCUACAAUAAACACAUUAGCUGGUGCAUUGUACAAAGUGUUCUGUGCAUCCCCUGACCCAGCUAGAAAGGAAAUGCGCCAAGCGUGUUUCGAUUAUUUGAGCCUUGGAGGUGUUUUCUCAGAUGGACCAAUAGCUCUACUCUCUGGUCUAAAUCCUCGUCCAUUGAGCUUGGUUCUCCAUUUCUUUGCAGUGGCUAUAUAUGGUGUUGGCCGCUUGCUUAUACCAUUUCCUUCACCACAACGGAUGUGGAUUGGAGCUAGAUUGAUAUCAGGUGCAUCAGGUAUCAUUUUUCCCAUUAUCAAGGCUGAAGGUGUAAGACAAAUGUUCUUCCCAGCAACUGUGCCUGCAUAUUACAGAACUCCUCCUGUCCAUUAGCAGAACAUACAUGAAGGAACAACAUGGAAUACAUAAAACAGUUCCCACAUUAUUUGCACCAGUAUUAGUCCACUAUUUACCAAAAGGAAUAAGAGAGUGGACUCCAUUCCAUAAUUAGGAAAAUGAUUUUGUGCAACUGCAACCUGUGUUGUACCAUAAAAUUCUAAAAUAAA